UCUGCAGCCGUUCGGACGCUGCGUGACGCGUCGUUUCCUCCCAACAUGGCGGCCGGGGCAGGCCGGCGGUGAUGGAGGCCAGUGCGUGGCCGCGGCGGGUGCUCAUCCCCACAGGAGCCGGGGCCGCCCUGCUCUCGCCUGGCCUCUGAGCCGGCUCGCUCCUCGGCCCCCCCGCAGCCGUCGCCGCCCGGGCUGGGCUCCCUCGCCACCCCCAGGCCGGAGGGGCGAGUGACGGCGGGAGGUGGUGGCCGGGAAGCGACCCGGGGACCCGGAGAAGCGGAGGUCCCGUAGGGGGGGGCAGCCUCUCGGGGGUCGGCGAAGACACCCGCGCCCCUGGCCCGCACCGCGGCCGGCCCGCCCGCCCCUUCCUGCCCCCGCCGCUGCCCUCCACGCCUCCUCUCCCCCACCUCCACCCCUUUCUCUCGUCUCUCUCCCUCCCCCUCCGCCGCCUCCUCCUCCGUCCAGCCGCCGGGAGCCUCGGGCCGGACAGCCGCCGCCGCCGCCGCCUUCCCUGCGUCCAUGUAUGAGGGGAAGAAGACGAAGAACAUGUUCCUGACGCGGGCCCUGGAGAAGAUUCUGGCCGACAAGGAAGUGAAGAAGGCGCAUCACUCCCAGCUGCGCAAAGCGUGCGAGGUGGCCUUAGAGGAAAUCAAAGUGGAGACUGAAAAACAGAGUCCUCCUCAUGGAGAAGCAAAAGCUGGAUCAAGCACCCUUCCACCAGUGAAAUCAAAGGCAAAUUUUAUCGAAGCAGACAAGUACUUUUUACCCUUUGAAUUGGCCUGCCAGUCCAGAUGUCCCCGCAUAGUUAAUACAUCUCUAGAUUGUUUACAGAAGCUUAUUGCUUAUGGGCACUUGACUGGCAAUGCUCCAGAUAGUACAACACCAGGCAAAAAAUUAAUUGAUAGAAUUAUAGAAACAAUUUGUGGCUGUUUCCAAGGUCCUCAAACAGACGAAGGAGUUCAGUUGCAAAUAAUAAAGGCAUUACUUACUGCAGUAACAUCUCAACACAUAGAAAUCCAUGAAGGAACUGUACUGCAAGCUGUGAGAACAUGUUACAAUAUUUAUCUAGCAAGCAAAAAUCUCAUCAAUCAGACAACAGCCAAAGCUACUCUUACUCAGAUGCUAAAUGUGAUCUUUGCACGCAUGGAAAACCAAGCAUUGCAAGAAGCCAAACAAAUGGAAAAAGAGAGGCACCGGCAUCAUCAUCAUCUGUUGCAGUCUCCAGUAAGCCAUCAUGAGCCUGAAUCACCUCACCUUAGAUAUCUGCCACCUCAGACUGUUGAUCAUAUAUCCCAAGAACAUGAGAGAGACCUUGAUCCCCAUACAAAUGAUGUGGAUAAAAGCCUUCAGGAUGACAUAGAACCUGAAAAUGGAUCUGAUAUUUCCAGUGCAGAAAAUGAACAGACUGAAGCUGAUCAGGCAACGGCAGCUGAAACAUUAUCUAAAAAUGACAUAUUAUAUGAUGGAGAAAACCAUGACUGUGAGGAAAAGCCACAAGACAUUGUACAGAGCAUUGUAGAAGAAAUGGUGAACAUUGUUGUUGGAGAUAUGGGAGAAAGGACCAUAAAUGCAAAUGCAGAUGGCAACAUUGGAACUAUAGAGGAUGGUAGUGACAGUGAAAAUAUUCAAGCAAAUGGAAUUCCAGGAACACCAAUUUCUGUUGCAUAUACACCGUCCUUACCUGAUGACAGACUCUCUGUCUCUUCCAAUGAUACUCAGGAAUCUGGAAAUUCUUCAGGACCUUCACCUGGUGCUAAGUUUUCCCACAUUUUACAAAAGGAUGCCUUUUUAGUAUUCAGGUCAUUGUGUAAACUGUCAAUGAAACCGCUGUCAGAUGGACCACCAGAUCCAAAGUCUCAUGAGUUACGAUCCAAGAUUCUUUCAUUGCAGUUACUUCUAUCCAUUCUGCAGAAUGCAGGACCUGUUUUCAGGACAAAUGAGAUGUUUAUUAAUGCUAUUAAGCAGUACCUGUGUGUUGCACUCUCAAAAAAUGGAGUCUCAUCUGUGCCAGAGGUUUUUGAGCUUUCUCUUUCCAUAUUUCUUACUUUGUUAUCAAAUUUCAAGACACACCUGAAGAUGCAAAUUGAGGUGUUCUUUAAAGAAAUUUUCCUAUAUAUUUUGGAAACUUCUACCAGCUCCUUUGACCACAAAUGGAUGGUUAUUCAGACAUUGACAAGGAUUUGUGCAGAUGCUCAGAGUGUAGUGGAUAUUUAUGUAAACUAUGACUGUGACUUAAAUGCAGCAAAUAUAUUUGAAAGACUAGUAAAUGAUCUAUCAAAAAUUGCUCAAGGCCGGGGCAGUCAGGAACUUGGUAUGAGUAAUGUUCAGGAAUUAAGCCUGAGGAAAAAAGGUUUAGAGUGCUUAGUGUCGAUUUUGAAGUGCAUGGUUGAAUGGAGUAAGGAUCAGUACGUGAACCCCAAUUCGCAGACAACUCUCGGUCAGGAAAAACCCUCAGAACAAGAGACAAGUGAUAUCAAACACCCCGAGACAAUAAACAGAUAUGGAAGUCUAAAUUCCCUGGAGUCAACAUCAUCAUCAGGAAUAGGCAGCUAUAGCACACAGAUGUCUGGCACUGAUAAUCCAGAACAGUUUGAAGUCUUAAAGCAACAAAAAGAAAUAAUAGAACAAGGGAUAGAUUUGUUUAAUAAGAAACCAAAGAGAGGAAUACAGUACCUCCAAGAACAAGGGAUGCUUGGCACUACACCUGAAGAUAUUGCUCAAUUCUUACAUCAAGAAGAAAGAUUAGACUCUACUCAAGUGGGUGAGUUCCUGGGAGACAAUGAUAAGUUUAACAAAGAAGUCAUGUAUGCAUAUGUGGACCAACAUGACUUUUCAGGAAAGGACUUUGUUUCAGCCCUUCGAAUGUUUCUAGAAGGAUUCCGUCUUCCAGGGGAAGCUCAGAAAAUUGAUCGAUUGAUGGAAAAAUUUGCUGCAAGAUAUCUAGAAUGCAACCAAGGACAAACCCUUUUUGCUAGUGCAGAUACUGCUUAUGUUCUGGCUUACUCAAUUAUUAUGCUGACCACAGAUCUUCACAGUCCACAGGUUAAAAAUAAAAUGACAAAGGAACAGUACAUUAAGAUGAAUAGAGGUAUCAAUGACAGUAAAGACCUUCCUGAAGAGUAUCUAUCAGCCAUCUACAAUGAAAUAGCUGGCAAAAAGAUAUCAUUGAAAGAAACGAAAGAAUUAACAAUCCCUACAAAAUCAAGUAAGCAAAAUGUAGCGAGUGAAAAACAAAGAAGACUUCUGUAUAACUUAGAAAUGGAACAGAUGGCUAAGACAGCUAAAGCACUUAUGGAAGCCGUGAGCCAUGUUCAAGCACCUUUUACAAGUGCAACACAUUUGGAGCAUGUGAGACCCAUGUUUAAGUUGGCUUGGACACCUUUUCUUGCUGCAUUCAGUGUGGGUCUACAAGACUGUGAUGAUACUGAAGUAGCCUCUCUUUGCCUGGAAGGUAUAAGAUGUGCAAUCAGAAUUGCAUGCAUUUUCAGCAUUCAGCUGGAAAGAGAUGCGUAUGUUCAGGCACUAGCAAGAUUUACCUUACUUACAGUGAGUUCUGGUAUUACUGAAAUGAAACAGAAGAACAUUGACACAAUAAAAACGCUUAUCACAGUGGCUCAUACUGAUGGAAAUUAUUUAGGAAAUUCAUGGCAUGAGAUUCUGAAGUGCAUCAGUCAGUUGGAGCUUGCACAACUUAUAGGAACUGGAGUGAAACCUCGAUACAUUUCUGGAACAGUGCGAGGCAGAGAAGGAUCUCUUACUGGAACAAAAGAUCAGGCUCCUGAUGAAUUUGUGGGGCUAGGGCUGGUUGGAGGAAAUGUGGACUGGAAGCAGAUAGCAAGUAUUCAGGAAUCCAUUGGAGAAACCAGUUCUCAAAGUGUUGUUGUUGCUGUAGAUAGAAUAUUUACAGGGUCUACAAGGCUAGAUGGAAAUGCUAUUGUGGAUUUUGUCCGUUGGCUCUGUGCUGUGUCUAUGGAUGAAUUACUUUCCACUACACAUCCAAGAAUGUUUAGUCUACAAAAAAUAGUAGAAAUAUCAUAUUACAACAUGGGAAGAAUAAGAUUGCAGUGGUCUCGAAUUUGGGAAGUUAUUGGAGAUCAUUUUAAUAAGGUUGGCUGUAAUCCUAAUGAAGACGUAGCUAUUUUUGCAGUAGACUCCUUGAGACAGUUGUCAAUGAAGUUCUUAGAGAAAGGGGAGCUGGCUAAUUUCAGAUUCCAGAAGGAUUUCUUAAGACCUUUUGAGCAUAUAAUGAAACGGAACAGGUCUCCAACCAUUCGAGAUAUGGUUGUGCGAUGUAUAGCACAGAUGGUGAAUUCUCAAGCUGCUAACAUUCGGUCUGGAUGGAAGAACAUUUUCUCUGUAUUUCAUCUGGCUGCAUCCGAUCAAGAUGAAAGCAUAGUGGAACUUGCAUUCCAAACAACAGGGCACAUUGUCACCCUUGUGUUUGAAAAACACUUUCCAGCGACCAUUGAUUCUUUUCAGGAUGCAGUGAAGUGUUUGUCUGAAUUUGCAUGCAAUGCAGCUUUCCCAGACACAAGUAUGGAAGCAAUCCGACUUAUUCGCCAUUGUGCAAAAUACGUGUCAGACAGGCCUCAGGCUUUUAAGGAAUACACAAGCGACGAUAUGAAUGUGGCGCCUGAAGACAGGGUGUGGGUGAGAGGAUGGUUCCCCAUCCUCUUUGAGUUAUCCUGUAUCAUCAAUAGAUGCAAAUUAGAUGUAAGAACCAGGGGUUUAACAGUAAUGUUUGAAAUCAUGAAAACUUAUGGCCACACUUAUGAAAAACACUGGUGGCAGGAUUUAUUUAGAAUUGUGUUCAGAAUCUUUGACAACAUGAAAUUACCAGAACAGCAGACAGAGAAAGCUGAAUGGAUGACAACGACCUGUAAUCAUGCCCUUUAUGCCAUCUGUGACGUGUUCACUCAGUAUUUAGAAGUGCUCAGUGACGUGCUUUUGGAUGAUAUUUUUGCCCAGCUGUACUGGUGUGUGCAGCAAGACAAUGAGCAGUUAGCACGAUCUGGUACAAACUGCUUAGAGAAUGUUGUUAUCCUGAAUGGGGAAAAAUUUACCCUAGAAAUCUGGGAUAAAACUUGUAACUGCACACUGGAUAUCUUCAAAACUACAAUCCCACAUGCGCUUUUGACGUGGCGUCCCACUUCCGGAGAAACUGUUCCCCUGCCUUCCUCUCCUGUGAAUGAAAAACAAUUGGAUACAAUAUCACAGAAAUCUGUAGAUAUCCAUGAUUCUAUUCAACCAAGAUCUGCAGAUAAUAGACAGCAAGCAACAUUGACUUCUGUCUCUACUGUGAAUGAAGAAGCCAACAAACUUAAACCUUCAGCAAAAUAUCCAGAACAAAAACUGUUUGCUGCCCUGUUGAUUAAAUGUGUUGUGCAGCUGGAACUCAUCCAGACUAUCGACAACAUUGUGUUCUUCCCCGCCACAAGCAGGAAGGAGGACGCGGAGAACUUAGCUGCAGCCCAGAGAGAUGCCGUGGACUUUGAUGUUCGAGUUGAUACUCAAGACCAAGGAAUGUACCGCUUUUUAACAUCACAACAGCUUUUUAAGCUACUGGACUGCUUAUUAGAGUCACAUCGAUUUGCAAAAGCAUUUAAUUCCAACAAUGAACAGAGGACUGCUCUGUGGAAAGCAGGGAAGAGUGGUCUGGCCUUGCUUUUCCCCUUCAACCCAACUUGUUGCCACCAUUCUACUGGGACCGCUCCUGUAAGAGCACCGGACCCGUUUCCACAUGCACUUGGCCCCUUGUACCGUGGCCUUGAAAACAGUCCCUGUGGUCUGUUCCACGGGAGCCCUGCUGUGCUGCACGGGCUUCCAGGCUUUAAAGGCAAAUCCAAACCCAACCUUCUGAAGCAGGAGACGAGCAGCCUGGCCUGUGGGCUGCGCAUUCUCUUCCGGAUGUACAUGGACGAGAGCCGGGUUAGUGCCUGGGAGGAGGUCCAGCAAAGGCUUUUAAAUGUGUGCAGUGAAGCGCUGAGUUACUUCCUUACUCUGACAUCAGAGAGUCACCGGGAGGCCUGGACCAACUUACUGCUUUUGUUUCUAACGAAAGUUCUGAAGAUAAGCGAUAAUAGGUUCAAAGCUCACGCAUCCUUCUACUACCCUCUCUUAUGUGAAAUUAUGCAGUUUGACUUGAUUCCUGAACUUCGUGCUGUUCUCAGAAGAUUUUUUCUGCGAAUCGGAGUGGUUUUUCAGAUUUCACAACCACCUGAACAGGAACUCGGAAUAAACAAGCAAUGAUGGGAACUUAGUGUUUUUCUCUUGGCGUUUACAUCCCUCCGCUGUUUAAAAGGACCCUGGAGCUGUGGUUUCCUACCUGGAAUUUCAGUGUAAGAGUUACUGACUGGCAAAGUGCUUAGAACUAGAACAAGUCUUGCAACGCUCCAGUCCCUCUCAGUGAUGGACCCUGUGUGUCAUGUUGAGCAGAAAGCCCGUUUCCACGGCGUCAGCCAUGCUCACAGGUCCUUCCUUGUCCUCAGUGGCAGGGAGAGCCCCACAUAUUUUUGGCAGGUGUGGAAGUGAAACUUACCCAAAGAACUGUAGAUGUAAAGAUUUGAACUUCUGCAGGAAGUACAACUCAGGAGAGCUGUAUUUUGAAGGAUAAAAUGUUUAUAAUUGGGGAGUGGGGGGAGAAGAAAUUAUUCACGGUAAAAGAUAUUUAGCAACUACGGUAUUCUUAUUCUGAAAUUUUUGCACACUCAGACUACCUGAGAUACUGCUAAUCAUCCUUCUGUGAAAAAUGUACAGAGACGCAGGUCUGUAAUAUAAAAAUCUUAAAACAUGAUAUAGUUCUUGCACUGUUUUCUUUAUUUUCUUAUUCAUUUGCUAAAUACCUAUUUUGUCAAAUGCACUAAAGACUUGGGUUGAACUUUUUGUCUUUUUAUUUUGUGGGGAUUUUGGUUUUGCCCUUUUCGGGGGGUUGGUAACUUUGAAGGUUUAACAUGCCCAGAAGCUGUUGUGGCCGAUACUUGUCAUGAUCAACAACAACAACAACAAAGGGUAAAAAUAUCCCUACUGACAUAACUACCUGUAAUAUACUUCUCUUAGGGCUUUUAAAGAUGAGCCAUUCAAAUAGAAUGAUCCUUCAUGGACUGAACUUGAAUCACUGCAAAAUGAAUCUAGGCUGCUGUCACUUUUUCUUUUGGGUGGCGGGGCUUGAUGUAGAUUUUAUUCUGUGUACAGAACUUAAUGUUGAAUAUAUUAAAAUAACUCUGGCAUGGUUUGGGGAGAUUAGAUUUACUGGAAAUGUAUUCAUACUGUGAAUUGUGCUCUGAUGGUUAAAAAUUACAAGAUUGUCAAGCAUUCCGUAUUAACAGUGGAUGUAGAAAUUUUUUCAGAUGGAUAAAAUGUAUAUGGUACAGAUGUAAAGUUUUCUAUGUAAAAAAUUCUGUACAACUUUCUGUACAAUAUUGAUUCUCAUCUGGCAUAUUCUAAUCAGGUUAUAGGUCAAUAAAGUUUUUGGAUUAUUUCA